AUAGACAUGCUUUGAAGAAGUCGAGACGAGUUUGUUUUGUCAGUGGUGAAGUUGGUAUAUGCAACACAGCACUUUAUUAUUAAUUGAAGUUUUAACGAUCUGUCAUGGUGUCAGUUCUGUACAAACGGCUAAUCUCGUUUCCUAAGAACUGGGGACUUGCAGCGUGUGUGAGAUUCAGUUCCAAUGCGGCGUCUUCAGUCCACGAGGAGAAAGUAGGUGAAAACCUUCAACUGAGGACGAUCCUCGACCCACAUGCAUCUCAGACGAGGCCGCUUGUCCUGCUCUUUGGCUGGAUGCUUGCCAAAAAACGUCACCUUGAUAAAUACGGCAAUCUCUACAUCAGCAAGGGAUUCGAUGUCCUGAGCAUCAGUGUGCACCCGACACAGGUUCUGAGGCCUACCAGUGCUCAGAGAGUCGUAACAAACGUCCUUGACCUCGUGAAAGAUGGGAGCCUGGAGAGAAAGCCUCUACUGGUGCACGGCUUCUCUGUCGGCGGCUACGUUUAUGGAGAGAUGCUCAUAAAGCUACAGCAGGAGGCUGACAAAUACGGAACAAUAAGAGAUCGUCUCGUUGGACAAGUAUUCGAUAGUCCUGUAGAUUUCGAGGGAGUCCCAAAUGGCUUUGCUAACAUUCUUGCAUCUAACAAGUUGACCCAAGCUGCCAUUAAAUCAACUCUAGAGUUGUACAUGCGUGUAUUUGAGAAGACAAUAACCAAACACUACCUCCAGUCAUCGGGCGCCUUCCACGAGAACGAACUAAACCUGCCCUCGCUGAUGCUCUACUCGAAAACCGAUCCCAUCGGAGUGGCCGACCGAAUUGAGCUGGUCAUGUCCAAGUGGAAGAGCAAAGGCAUUCCUGUGCACACAAAAUGCUGGGACAACACGCCACAUGUUAGUCACUUUCACAGGCACCCCGACGAAUAUGUGGAAGCCAUCUUGGCUUUCCUUGAAGAGCUAGGCCUUUCGCAGUCUGAUCAGGAGAUUGAAGCACCGGCAGCCGAACGCCUUCCUUGAGGGGAAUUUUUAAAGUGACAGACCUAGUUUUUAAACACUAACGUAACGGCAUAUUUUUCACAAUUAGAGCCGUUUAUGAUCACUGAAAUCAAAUAUUACUUAUAUUUUAUUGUUUAGCUGAUCCAUUUUGGUGCCAUAAUGCCACAAAAUGCAAUUUUCAUAUUUUUGAAAAUGCACAUGCGUCUGAGAAGUAAUGGAUUUGGGGUUGAAUUCUAGUCUAUUUUUAAGGAUAUUUCCCAGUCUUAAUGUCACACACUCUUGUAUCCAAAUGUGUUACAGGUUUGUAGAUCAACUAAACUUAGUGUCCACUUUUGCGCUUUAAAACUAGAGUCUACGACUUUACGGUCUGAUUCAGUGGUUGUCGUGUGGGCUGACUCCGUUCCAAAACUGAUUGCAUGACAAUGUAUAGUUUUGGGGUAAGGAAGCCACUUACCAACAAAAUAACAUUUUCUUUAAGUCAGGUGUGCACGGACAGAAUUGCAGCAGACAAGCAGGUAUAAAAUAAUAAUUACGGAGCCUUUCACUGUAUAAGUUUGUAACAGCCUUAAAGGGAACAAGGCAUUUUUAGUAAUAAAAAUACUCAUCAACUAAAGAAUGAAAUUCAAUACUUGGAAACCAUCGAUGACAAUCAUUGUGUUGAAACAAUGUCCACCGAGCAUAAUUUUGUAAAAAUAUUUUAUCAAACGUAUAUAAACAAAGAACAUUUACACUAAGUUACAUAAUAUAUUGGAAUUUAUUACCCAUAUGGGCAGUGAGAUGCGGGUGAAUAAAUUUUCUAUCUUCCCUAGGGAAGCUAUCUUUCCCUGCUGACAUCAUGUUGUUAGUUCAGUUUCCUCGACUGUCGUCUCUCGUUGAUGAGAUUUUACAAAACAUUUAACUCCACCAGUGUUAAGUUUUUGUUGCAAUUUUUUCUUGUUAACAAUUAAACAUGCUCUAAACUAAUUUAUCUGUAGUUCAUUCACUUCCCACUAGAAACAUCAGUUCAUUACCAAUGUGACCUCUCUUGCUUACAUUUGAUUUGUGUAUCUAAAGAUAGCUUUAUACGUCAUUGCUUUUCAUUCGUGACGUCAUCAGUUUCCUCAGACUUUCACGUCUUGUAUAUAGUUUGUGUCAUGUAAGAAGUUUAAAGUUUAAGUUUGUAAACUAUUUACACUAUGGGUAAUAAAUACAACAACCCACCCGAUACUUGGAAUUACGGAUUAUCUGUCCAGAGUGAAAUUAAUGUUGUCAGUCACGAGCUUUAGCGAAUCUCGUGACUGACAAAAUUAAUUUCACUCGGGACAGACAAUCCGUAAUUCCUCUUAACUCGUAAGUUAUCAUCUAUGUAAUGCUCUGAACAUGUGAUUUUUAAAAUAUUUUUUAAAAAGUAUUUACAUGUAUAAUUUAUGAACUACGGUAAUAUUCUUUAAAAAAAAUUCAAUAAUAAAAAUUAUUUGUAGGAUCCACCAGGUGUAAUAAAAGUGACUUGAGGUACAUGAUAACUUCUGGAAUAGUCAUGAGGAUACCACUUGUGAAUAUUGUUGUAGGCCAACUGUAAUCAUUGGCCUGUUCUAUCUUAGUCCUGACAGUAAACACAGGUCAACCAUCCUGUCAACUGCAGCUGUUCAUUGUUUUUAUUUAGUACUAACAUUUUAUUGGAUAGCAGUCAGGUAGCAGUCAGGUGAAUAGAUUUAUUUUAAUUAAAAGGCAUCACCGUGAAGGCAUAAAUGCAUGUAAUUAUUUAUCUCACUGGUUGACAAAGGGUGAUAUAAAUGCAUUUAUUUUAUUGGUUCUAAAAGAACCAAGAUUUGUUGUAUAAUGGGUUACAGUAAAGGUCACUGAUUAAAAACUGAAGUGUUUAAAAAAAAAAGUGUUAUCAUAAAGUUAAUUUUAUUUAUAUGGCAGCUCAGUGAAACAUUUUGCAUGACAUAUUUCAGGUGUAUUAGUAUCCAGAACUGGCAAACUUGAAUAUGUUUGUAAGUUAGAGAAUUUUUAGAUUUUGACCAAUUACCUGUAGAUUUCAGCUUCUUCUACAUAUGUUGUAAGUAAGUUGGGGUUUUUGUGUGUGUAUGAUCUUGGCUAAGUUUUACUUUAUUUCAAGCAGGGCAUUAUCUCUUUUUGUUAAAUUGACAUUUCAAAAAUGAAAACUGAUGGCAACAUUACUAGUAUAUAUUUAUUUUAAACAUCACAUUUUCAAAUCUGCCGUGACAAUAAAAAAAAAGUGAAAUACCUUUUCUUUUCUUUUUUUUGAAGUGUGUAUAUAUUUGAAUUAUUAUUAUUUAUUUGUAGUUUUAAACUGUUUAAUGAUUUCUUGAUAUCAGGAAGAUGACAACAGGCAGAAUGUUUGUGUAUAUAUAGUGACAAUUUAUCAGUUUCAAGAGACCAGUAGUUGAGGUAUCAGGUUUAAAGUUGGUAGGUCCUGGGUUCGUAUCCUAGUACUGGUUUGUACCUCCUGUAAAGAGGUGUAAGCGAUAACGUCGACUUGUAAGGACAAAGACACACCGGAUCUGGGUCUGACAGGUAUCAAUCGAAAUUGAAGUGUACUGAAUCAAAUAUGACGAAACAAAUCAUGUCUGUACUGACACAAACUACAGAUCUGGCAGCAGGUGACAUAGAACGUGUUAUAUUUUGAAAGCGCCAGAUUCGUCAGACCCAGCUCUGGUUUGUUCCGGGCAAACUGCUGACUGUUACAACCUCUGUUCUGGACAGAUAGCUGAGGUGUUAACUUUCUGAAUAGUUUAUAGGAUGAAUUUACACCUCAAAGUGGCAUCACGUGCCGUAAAUUCAAUAUUUGGCCAGUACAAUAUAUAUUCAACUUAGUUGGUCAAAUUUGCGAAACACAAGUAUUUAAACAUUGUAAAUGUAUAAAAUUAUGUAGUUACACGGUGUAAUACACUCAUGUAAGAAUAAAAUAGACUGUGUAUUUAGCCUACUGUGCCACAGGCCAAUCACUUUCGAUUGGUACUGAUACUAGUAUUUAAUUUCAAGUUGUUUACAAUUGAGGGUUUUUUUAACACUCACAUUUAUGUUAAUUAAUUUAAGAUAACUUUAUAUCAUGACAAUCGCAUCCAGUGAAAUGUGUGCUUUUUAUUUUUUUAAUUUGUGCUAUUAAUUAUUUAGUAUUAUUCAGUCAUCGUAAAACCAGUGUUUUAUUACUACUACCCGGUACUUUUUAUUCCCAUUUUGUAGUAGAAUAUUACAUAGUAAUCAAAUUUAUAAUACCAUAAUGAUUAUUAUCUUAGGCCCACUUUCCAUUAAUGCUGUUCUGCGCAUGGAAAUGUGAUUUUUCAUACCUGCAUUUUCGUAUGUAUAUUACUGUACAAACUCUGACACCAUCGAUAAGUACAGUAGUAAAUACUUUGCAUUAUGAUGUCAGUACGCUGAAAUACUUGCACACAGAAACGUUGCUCAUCAAUCAACCCAUUUUUAGCGCACUGAAUGCCCGUGCAUGGAAUCGCAUAUAUGGAAAAGGGACUGUAUGUAUGCACUAUCACUAAACUUGUGCCCAGAAGCACAUUAAAAGAAAGUGGACAUUAGUUGUAAAUUAUGUACCUGCUUUUUAAUUGACAUUGUAAAAUGUAUUGCACAUAUUAUAAACUUUAUUGUACAAUGUAUUAAGAGUCUUGGAGUUUUAACUUUAAAAUAGAUUGUUACUCUUUGAAGUUAUUCAAUGGAGAUGCUGAAGUUGUUCAGUGGAGAUGGUGUCAGCAAUAUGUCAAUGCAGGCGCUUUGAGUUCUUUUAUUUGUCUUAAUUUGUAAUAAUUAAUCAACACAUUUGUGAACAAGGGUCGUUAAGACAGUUUCUGGCCUUUUACAAUGCAAUCAUUAGGAACUUUAACCAUCAAGAAAAAGGAAAUGUUACACAUGCACUGCUUGGAUUUUGAUGUGUUGGGAAUUAUAUCAUAUCCUUUAUUGUGCUCAUGCAUCAAUAUUUGUACAUUUUUGCACUGCAUGAUGGAAUAUUUUUUUUAAUUGACCAAAGUUCCUAAUUACGGGUUACCUUUUAUCACAAAUGCAACUGUUACAAUUAUUACAGUAUUGUACAAAAAUGUGUUUCACAUGUAUAGAAUCACACAGUUUUGUUCAGGGCAUUCAUGUAUUUUUUGUCAGUUUUGCUUGAACAACCUUGGAGUAAACUACACUUUCAAUGUCUGUGAACCAGUUUCUUCCCCCUCCCCCAUUUUUAGAGUUGCUGAUUCACUUAUGCAUGAAAUAACAUUUACUUAUUGUUUUGUUGUUUCUUAGUUUUAAAAUAUAUUUUUCUGGUAAUAAUUCAUUAUUCACCAGUUAAGCACUCAAAUAAUGUUGGCAUUUUUUUGUUUUUCAUUGGUGACGAACUUGCAUGUUACAUCAUUACAGAUGACCAUAUACAUGUAUAUUAAUUAUUAGUGUUUAUAUAUUGCAUUUAAGUAAAAAAUGCUAUAAGAUUGGAAGGCGAGAUUACAGCUUUAAAGUUAGCUAGUUCAGUUUCAAUAGACUGGUCUCUCCCAUUUGUAUGUACAAAGUAAAGACCAGUCUAGUAAAUGGAUGAAAACAUACGUUAAUUCUUAUUUCGCACUUCAUGACAAGGUGGUCUAAUAUUAUCCGUUGUCUGUGGGCGAAUGUUCUUAGUAUUCAAUUUUGAUUAUAUAUGACACUUUGUCAUUACAGAUUUAUAUAUUAAUAAUGCUUCACAAACAUCAUCCACAACAUAUUCAUGGGUAUCAGGUCGUUUCGUAACCAUACCGUUUCGUACCAUACCGGUUCGUACCCAAAAGCAUACCAGUUCGUACCCAAAGGCAUACCAGUUCGUAACCAGAGGAACAUCGGCAUACCAGUUCGUACCCACAUUUGUACAUGUUAUUUAAUGAAAAACAAAACAACAAAAAUCCAAGCCAAAUGCAUUUUAAUAAUUAGUGAUUAGAAAUUGUCACGAAGAAUCAUGUCAAGCGAAGUCAGCUUAUUUGUUGAUAUAUUUCAAACACUACUUUCUACGUCCGUUCGGACUAAGCAAAAAGCAGAUUGGACGUGUUGCGACAAAUACUAAAUAUGUGUUAAAGCAAAUGAAUAAAUUAAAACAAAGCUGUAUUCUUCUAUCAAAAAUGUAUUAUAUCAGACAAUGUAGGCAUUAUUAGACCUAAAAAAAAGUCCACAAAAAAGUCCACAUUCCAAAAACAUGGGAUAUGAUAUCUUAUUAUAUUUUUGUUAUAUGUGCGUGCGUGUGCGCACGUAAGUACGUGUGCGUGUAUGAAUGUUUUUGUUUUGAGCAUAUAUACGUACGAAGAGAGGAUCGGUCUUGCGAAAUAUUCCGAUCGAUAUCUCGGAACGGUUAUGCAUAAAAAUAAACACCAUCGCUGCAUGUGGAAUCGACACCAAAUUACAAGACAAAAGAAUUGCUCUUUGGCUACGAAAAGGUAUGCUUUUUGGUUACGAAACGGCAUGCUUCAGUGAUGCACAGCACAUAAUUGCUCAUUUAAUGCUUAUAAAAGAUACUGAGUGAUUAUUACAACAAAUUUUUUGCUAAAUGUUACAAUAUGUUUGUAAUAUAACAUUAUAAUUGUGUAUUUAAAAAAAUAUAUUAAUCUUAUGUGUAAUAUAUGACAUUAUUUAAUUGGUUACGAACUGGUAUUCUAGUGGUUACGAAACGGUAUGGUACGAACGGGUUUGGGUACGAAACGUCUAGAAACCUAUUCAUGUACUUGCCUUUGACACCCAAUUGUCAUUAUGUAUUUUUGUGCCACGGUGAAGUUAAAAUCAAUUCAUUCAUUCAUCGUAAGAAAAAAACUGUAUGUAGUUCAACAGGUAAAAGCCCUUACGGAGUAAGUAUUGUGCACAACUGGGUUAGUUAAUAUUUCUUUUUAAAAUUGUUUAAUGACUGCUGUUCAUCCUUCAGAAUGUGAAACCCAUUUAACAGUAAAAGCUGAAAAGCAGAAACCUCUUUACCAUACCUAUUCCAGAUCCAGUCUUCUUUGUGAAAAUAAUUUUACAUAAAAUAAAAAACUACAACUGAAAUCUGAUAAAAAGCGGAAAAAUCACAUUCCUGAAACAAAUUAUUUUAAUUUUUAAAAGUGAAUCAUUUCACAUUUUAAUGGAGAUGGUUUGGUGCUGGGAGGAGGAAACAAUUUGGUGCAUGAUCAGGAUGAUUACCAAAGAGUUUGUAUUGCAUAUAUACCGGUGUGUAGAUAUCAUUUGGUAGAAUUACAUACACACAUCCAUACAUGUACAUAAAUCUUCAGGAAGAAAUCCGCAAGGAUUUUGUUUAAAUGUUUUUAGUUUUUAAUAAAAAUGUUAUGAUGGUUGGUGUGCUAUCUAAUAAUUAAUAUCAGGUUAUUUUGAAAUUCAGUGCGAUGCUUUUGAUUAAUUAUGUUGUAAAAUAUGUACAAUAAUAUAGAAGGUAUAUUGAUUAAAAAUACGCAAAAAAAAUCACAGGCACGAUUAUUUUUGUAAAUUAUUACUGUUUUGUUGGCUAUAUUAACCAUCAGAUUUAAUUUACAUUUAUUUCACAUUUUUAUUGUUAAAAUAAUUGUUUAUUUACCCAUAUAUUUUAGCAAAAUUAUGUGUUCCAAAACUGAUUUUCACACUUCUUUUAUUUAAAAUAAAUUAUUACAACCUU